ACGAAGAGACGCAGCAGCGGCGUCGUGUACUACGUGUGAGCCAUUUUUUUUUAACGUAAGUCACGGGAGCGUCGUGUCGUGUAUCGCGUUCGGAGAACGAGCGGGAUCGACGACAAUCGUGUAUAUACGAUAAUAGGCUUCUGCACGUUAAUCUAUUUAUUUCAGUUACUUUUUGUCUUUUUUCCGCAUUAUGGACACGUCUGUCGGUUACCACGCUACUUCGGAGACGGCGGCGGCUGGAACGAAGAUGGUUUCAUCUAAUCAGCCGCGGAAAACAAAAAUAUUUGUGGGCCGGCUGCCAGAAAAUUGUCGCAACGAUGAAUUGCGACAAUUAUUUUUGCGCUUUGGUGAGGUGACAGAAUGCGACGUUAUGAAUCGAUAUGGUUUCGUCCACAUGGCACGGGAAGAGGAUGCAGCUGCGGCAAUUAAAGCACUACACAAUUCCAACUUCAAAGGAGCGACGAUCAAUGUGGAACAGUCAACCGGGAAGUCACGCGGAGGUGGAGGAGGACGCCGAGAUGACCGAAGAGGUGGACCAAUGAGAGGUGGUAGAGGAGGACGAGACGGUGGUAGAGACGCUCGUCCUGGACCAUACAAUGAUAGAAGAGUUCUUCCGAUCCAACUCGUUGGUUACGAUGGAUCUGCUGCAGGUGGCGUCGCAACCGGGUACACCGAUUACAAUCGUGGAGCUGGCGACUUUAGCGGCCGUGGGGCGGACUUUGGCACCGGCUAUGCUGACCGCGGUGCUUACGGUCAGAACGUGGGUGGUGCAGCGAUGGGCUACACUUCAACAGCGCCGGGAAUGGGUGGCGGAUAUGGACCAGCUGCCGGCGCCGUGGGAGGCUACGGUCCUACCGGCGCGGCGGAUUACGGACGAACAGCUGAUUACGGUCGCGCUGACUUUGGUGCUAGAACAGACUAUGGUAAUCACGGUGCUGAGACAUAUUUGUACAAUUUCGAAAUUGGUGGUGGUAUGGCCGGAGAUUUUAAUCGUGGCGCACCUGGUCCAGUAGAUUAUGGUCGUACCGAUAAUUUUGGUGCCAGUCGCACAGUUGAUUAUACCGCUAGAAAUGAUUAUGACCGGAGUGCGACUGGACCAAUGAGAAACGGUGGUGGUGCCGUUGCCACUACUGGGUACGGAACAGGGUACACUGAUGUGGGAUAUGAUGAAAGUCACUGGCCCAUGAGCACUGGACCUAGCUACAGCACUGGGGCACCUAGCUACAGCACUGGUCCAGGACCACAAGCUGAUAUGUUUAGUAGAAGACCUGGCAGUGCCGUUCCCAGUGGUGGAUAUCCACCAGUAGCUGGCGGUUAUGCCGAGGGAUAUGACAGACCAGAUGCAUAUGGUCCUCCACGUGGCGGCGGACGCUUCCCAGGUCCGGCAGACGCGAUGCCACCAAGGUACUAAACGUAUACUAAAGCAAACAUGCUAGCGCAUGCGAAAGGCAACCGUAUAAACAAAAUCAUAAAAAAAAUCACCGCCUUUAAAGCAGCGAUCAUUCGCUUAUGGACUCGAUUAUCUAGGAACUGCCCUCUGCGUCCGACAUUGAGUCCAUAUGAUUAUAAUGAAAAAAGCUAUACAUAACUUAUAAUGUUUAAUUCUAUCAUAAGAUAUGGUAAGGUAACAUCAUCAGUGGAUGAUAUAAUUUUGGUCAAAAUUGAAAAAAAAAUAAUUCUUAAUCAUAAUAUGAUAUAUUAUUAUGUUAGUCCAUUUGUGUGUUUGAAAAGAAUUUCUGGCAUAUU